AUGUUUGCCGACCUUUUAAAAGAAAGCGGCCAGGGACAAUCUGACGUCUUUUGGUUUGAUCACUCAGUCUUAUGGCCAUCGAAACGCAGAUUCAUCAAGAGGGAGUGGUUACCUUUGAAAAGUCGACUAAAUGAUGUCGGUCUUGUUGUUCGAUCCGAAGCCGUGAAGGUUCUUACUUGCUAUUGUCAGAUAGCUGGAUCUUUUGUUUAUCGUCGGACUCUUUGUAAACACGGAAGUGGAAAUUUCUCUGUGCCGUUCAAAAGCUUCUCUCGUAUAAGGUCUCUUUGCCUCCAUUCGUCAAACUCACAUGGACAAAAUCGUGGAGGCAUUACCCUCACUACUUCUCGGGGAAAGUUGUCAGCGGCUUUGGUAGGAAGCACGGAACUUGGUUGUCCGACAGCAAAUGUUGACGAAUCAGUGGUUGAUGCUCUACCAUCGGCCAUCCAAGAAGGUGUUUACUAUGGAUACGCGAGAAUUGCUGGUGGACGGGUUGAAAAUAUGGUAAUGAGUAUCGGCCGUAAUCCGCAAUAUGAAGGCAAAAGAUUGACAAUGAGAGGUUCACUUUGCUUUGUACUUUCCCAGAACCAUUUUACGGAAAAUCAAUUGAUGGACUUGUACUCGGUUUCAUCCGCGAGAUGCACAAAUUUGACUCAAAAGAAGCCCUGGUUGCUGCAAUACAAAAUGAUAUUGCCAUUGCAAAGGAAAAAUUGGAAACAGAGA